AAGCACUUUAGACAUGAUCUUAAUAUUUCUACUUUCUGUUGUCAAUACCUUCUUCUAGCAGCCUCAAUGGGUGUCGUACGGACAGACGAGAGUCGUAGAGCUGAGAUCGAAGAGUUCCGGCGGAUGCUGCUAUCCUGCUCCGGCGUUGUCCUCAAGGUUAGAACCGAAGAGGAGUACAACCGCCGGCAAGUGCCAGCAGCUAGCAAAAACGAAUACGCAGUAGAUCAGAAGCUUGUAUGCGUCACAAGCGGCGUCUCUUUCCUUGGCAUCGCAAUUGUGAAAAAAUUAUUACUCAGAGGCUAUUCCGUUCGGAUCAUCGUCGAUAACGAAGACGAUAUUGAGAGAUUGAGGGAGAUAGAAAUUACAGAGGAGGCAGGAGGAAGAUCGAACAUUACAAGCAGCAAUCAGAUCGGAGUUGUUCAGGCGAAUUUCAACGAACGUCGGAGCUUAAUGGAAGCUUUCGAUGGAUGUUCUGCUGUAUUUCAUACGGCGGCUUUCAUUGAUCCGAGUGGACUCUCCGGCUACUCGAAAAUAAUGGCGGAAGUAGAAGCAAGGGCAGCAGAAAAUAUAGUGGAAGCCUGUGCUGCCACGUCAUCAGUUAGGAACUAUGUGCUUACAUCUUCUCUAUUGACAUGCAUUUGGAGAGACAUUUCCGAUAGCAGCCUCUCUCAUGUGGUAGACCACAAUACUUGGAGUGAUGAAUCCUUUUGCAAACGCAAAAAGUUAUGGUAUGCUUUGGGGAAGUUGAAAGCAGAACACCCAAAGGCCAAGCCUUUUCUUCUUCAUCUCGGUGGUACCAACUCGAGCAUAAACAGCACCACCACCACUCUCCCUCCCUCUAACUUCUUCCCUCCUGAGGACAACCCAAACCUCCAACACCACCGAGAAACCUUCAUCACCACCUGCCAUCUUCCUUGUCCCACUCUCUCUAAACUGCUGUUGCAGUGCAACCUGGUGUGGUUUUUGUUUUGCUAA